CAUCUUUUGCUCCAUCGUAAACAUAAACGCAAUUUAUGUACUGUCUCCGAUCUCUCUUAUUCGGUUCAUCUCAGUAUUAUUACGUCUGCUGCACUAGAAGGAACACUGGACCGCCGGGAAUGACUGCGUAUAAAACGUUUUUCCUUUCUGCAGUAUUCGUCGUCUACAAUUUCUACAGAGUUAUUGGUUCCGGAAAUGAUGAUUUCGUGGAUGCCUGCUUCGAGAAGGAAGGCGACAAACCGUCGAGAUGUGAGUACAUUGAUUUCGACGAUGUAUUCGAAAGUUCCGAUAUUAACUUCAACUGGAGUUACAUCACCAAGCUGACGAUUAGCAAUAAGCGGAUUGUUGGGAUUCCUACCAGAAUGUUCGAAUCGCUGCCUAAUUUGGAAAGCUUCGUGGUGGUGAACAGCUUGUUCUAUCGCGAGAUCGAUCCCAACAGUUUUCUCGAUUGCCACAAGUUGGAACACGUUGAAAUAACGGGCACGAACAUUAGCUUCCUGGAUACUCAUCUGUUUCCGAAAACGCCAAACUUGAAUCACCUUCUCCUGCAUCACAACCACAUAGAUGUCAUCAGACAUGACGCAUUCGAAUUUCUUGAGAAAUUGGAGGAACUCAACUUGUCGUAUAAUAAUCUGACAUCGUUACCGAGUGGUGUGUUCCAUAAGCUUAAGAAUUUGAAAACGUUAGAUCUAAACCACAACCGUCUGAUCCUGUUGAGUUUCGAUAGCUGGUUCCCAUCGGACGGGAUCCACUCACUUACAUAUCUGGAUGCAUCAUACAAUCAGCUCGUUCAGCUAGCGUGGAGUGAGAUCGCGGUGAAGAAGGUCAACUUGAAGUACAACAACUUAACGAGCAUUCACAUCAGCGGCAGUUGCGCGGAACUGCAUGCUUCGUACAACACAAUCGAAUCUAUAACGGUUGGCAGCAAUUGCUCAAUUGAAAAAUUAUACCUCGCACACAAUCAUAUCACCGGAUUCGGUGAUAUUAGGAAGUGUGCAGAAACGCUGCGUUCUCUCGACAUUUCCUUCAACAUCUUACAAAAUCGUUUUGAUUUUCUCGGUAUGAAGCAGUUAACGGUACUGAACGUCGAAUGCACCAAUCUUACUUUGGAGUACACAACGUUGCAUGAUUUGCGGAAGCUACGCUUCCUGGACGUGUCCUACAACAAUCUGAAGAAGAUCGAUUUCGAAAAUCUCACCUCGCAACGUUUGUUGGAGCGACUUAUGAUUAGUGGCAACCCAAUUGCGAACAUGUCAAUCGAAUCGUUCAAGCGAAAUUUUCCGAACCUGAAAAUCUUGGGAAUCUACGACUUACCGUGGAAUGAAUCGUCCCUAUCGGUUGCUAUUGAGGACUUGAAGAAACACGAUAUUAAGCCUUACAUCAAAAAUGACUAUUUGUUCGAGGAAUCAAUGUGUCCGUUCAGGGUGACACGUAAUUUCACCACCAGUGGAGAUGAUAUCGGUGAAUCCUCGGAGGCGACGUCCGGCUCUAGUGGUGAUAAAACGGUGGAAUAUGUUGUAAUUGUGCUUUUGAUAGUGGUGAUCUGUGGACUGGCCUUUAAAGUGUUUUUUGAUAGCCGCUACUAUCGGGAUUUCUUCAAGAAUCGUGUUCAUAGAUCUUCGAUUUCCAACGAAAGUUUAGUGAGUUGUGAUUUGAAUGGGUAAAAGGGAGGAAGAAAUGCAAUGAAACAUAGGGAAAACAUAGAAAUACUUACGAUAUUUGUAAAUCUUCAGAAUCAUAAUGCGCAAAUAAAUGGAAAACAUUUACAGUUCAA